AUGUACUAGUUGGCACGAAACCCUAAAAUAUUUUGGAAUAGAGUGUUAGCUUGGCUAAAAAAGUAAGAUGGAAUGCAAGUCUUAUUUGUAAUUUCAAUACGAUUAUUUUUGGAAUGCAUUAAGUAUUAUUAGUAUCAUAAAUCACAGCCAGUAACACAUCAAAUACAUGAUUAUUUAUAUUAACUCAACGUUAUAGAAGAUAAAAUCUCUAUUGGGUUUGGAGAUUUUCCUAAAAAAAAAGAAGGAGGACUUAGCGUUAAAGUUGUUAUAAGUUGCAAGGUAGGAUAGAGAUGCACUACAUAAUUUGCAUUUCAAAAAAAAAAAUUUUCUUUUCUAAAUUGAGCAUACUACACAAAUGUCCACUGAAAUCGAUCCCUGUCGACUCACAUUUUGGAUUAAACGACACUGAACAAGACUUGUAAGUGGAAGAUUAGAAAUUUUUUGAGCAAUUCAUUUGAAAUAAACUAAACAUAUUUUAGAAUAAAAAAGUAAAGG